GAAGUUCAUAAGUGGCUGCAGACAUCUCCCGUCUCAGAAAAAGAACAUGCAGACGUACGCCGGGUGCUCAUUCACUUCAUAAGCGAAUUGAAAGGAACAGAAACGGAAGAAGAAUUCAUUUUUACUGUGAGUGAGAUGGAACAAAGAAUAGAGUUUGCAGCCUUUACAUCAAUGCUACAAGCUGACUGGUUACCAUGCGCUGAAAAGUGGUGUGACUUCAGCCGAAACUGUUUUUAUGACAUGGAGGCCAACUCUCUCAUUGAAAGAUUUUUCCUGAAGAUUCAUCAUCAGUUCCUAAAGGGAUUGCAUACAAGGAAGUCCUUAGAAGAAUUACUAAGACUGAUUGCAGAUAAUGUCAUGGAACACAGAAACUUUAUUGAUGGAAUGGUUAAUAUGUCCAUUCUGAUGGAAGGAACUGCAAGUGAACAGGCAGGAGUGCUAUUACAUCAGGGAUGGUCACAACUUGUUACUUGGCAAGGACACUGGAUGGCUCAUGUCCCAUGCCAUAAUAUUCCAGAGACUGUGUAUAGAGUAAAUCUUGUAACAAUGGAGUGUGAGUGUCCUACCCUUACAUAUUUAGGGCCAUGUUUGCAUUUAUGCCUUCUGCUUAUGCUAGCUCAGUCACGUGAGGGAUUAACACCAGAACAAGAGCGUCACAGGCUAGCAUCAGAGGCAUAUGAAAAUUCAGAUUUUAUAAUGGAUGGUGUAUCAUGCAUGACUUUUCACAAUGGUAUUCUCUGUGUGACAGAAUUAGGUAACAGAAAAUGUACCUGUGUGGCGAGUGCUUUUGAUGUUGAGUGUGUUGGAAAAAUAUUGUUAAAAAUAGCUGAUGGAACAGAAGAAGCUGUUACUUACACGAUCCCUUCAUCAGUGGUUUCAGCUUCAAAACUUGAAGGAACCAGUCCACCCCACAUAGUCUCAAGUGAAAGUGAUGUUCAGUUUUCUGGUAGGGAUGGAGACAUAUCCUCCUACACUAUUACAGUAUCAUCCCAGCCAGAGAAGUCUACUAUUCCAUCUUCCACACACUCGCUAAAAGUAGAAAAUGAAAAGCCAAUUGUUAUACAGACUCGUACAAAGGUGGAAGCUAGAGUAGACAGCCUCGAAAGACCGAAGAGUAGAAGUUUAUUAUUGUGCGAUCAGAAAACAAAAGGGAAAGGAGGCAUUAAACAAGAAUUUUCCAUAGACCCAAAACUGUCAUCCCAAGAAAUCAUUGAAAAGCUCUAUAAAUGGUCUACCUCCAGCAGCUUUACUGAUUCUGACCUUCUAAAUGAGAUGUUACGAGAUAUCCAUAACCAUGUAUGGGAAGAACAAUACCCAGUCCUUUCAGAAAUUCAAGCAGUAAAGGAGAAUACUAGUAAGAAACCAGUGGAUCCCAGUAAGAAGAAAUUAAGGGCGGUUGUUAGAACUGUGAAGAGACAGAGGAACACAGAUGACCAUGAGGAUGACCAGAUCCUAGCAGUUAUCCCAUCCUUGAAGGUCAGUAGAAGUGGAAGGCACAUCAAGAUUAAAGAGGAACCAGACUUUGUUACUUAGGAUUAUGAUAUUGUUACUAUGCUUUUGUUAUUUGAUAUAGACUAAAUUUUGUAAAUUUGAUAGAUAAAUUUAAUUUUUGUAAUUUAUUGUAUAAAAUAUGUUAUUUGA